AUUCAACUAAAACUUGCCUCCAAGCCUGGAAUUGAAAAAUAAGCACCUGCUUUGAGGCUACUGGGAAACGAUCCCUGGUUCUGCCUGAUCACCAGGAGCCCCCUGUGUUUGCUGGAGUGCAAACCUAACUUAAAAGACGCAUUAUAUUAGAAAAGGUAUCAUCAAAAAAGGGUCUUUGAUGUCAGUAGGAGGUUCUGUAGUUCUGCCUAUUUCCAUACAGACAUAAAUGUUAUUGUCACUUCCUCAGUGUGUUUGAACAGCUUCCAGCCUUGUAAACACCUGCAAGGAUUUAACCUGACAUUCCGUUCCUACUUGUCUUCAGAAGCUUUAAUCUUUCUAGGGAACAGCUACAGAUCCUUUAUUAUGGAGUCCACAGAAAAAGAGAAAAAGGAAGGCUUGAUCGAAUUUUAUGACUCCUUUGAAGAUAUGCUAACGUUUUUCUGUGACAACACCACAAUCCAUGGCACUGUCCGUCUCAACUGCUCUCGAAAGAACAAAAUGAAGACCACUUUCUGGCUUGUGCUUUACUUUGUCUCAUUUGCUAUGAUGUACUGGCAGUUUGGGCAAUUAACAGAUCAAUAUUGGGCUUAUCCUACCAGCACAAUUAUAGGCUUGCAGUCAAAGGGCAAAAUAUUUCCAGCUGUGACCAUUUGCAAUCUGAACCCCUACAGAUUUGAUCAAGUUAAUAUGUAUAUUAAUCAGCUCGACCAACUAGCAAAUGAAACACUUUAUUCACUAUAUGAAUAUCGCGCUCCAGAGUCAGGACAGCAAGUUGUUGAUCUACAGGAUCUCCUAAACAAUUUGACAGGCCAAGUCAAUGGAGGUUUUUAUUUGGAUGAAAGCAUUGUGCUGCUGAAGUUGCAAGAGAAUGGUUCGGGCCCAGCUUUACCAGGGGAGAAGAAAUUUAAAGUAGGAUUUAAGCUGUGUAAUUCCUCAAGAGACGAUUGCUACUAUAAAGUGUUUUGGUCUGGAGUUAAUGCUCUCCACGAAUGGUACAAAUUCCACUACAUAAACAUCAUGUCCAAUAUACCUGCUGUGCUGAACAUAGCAAAUAAUUUUUCUAAGGAUUUCAUUUUAACAUGUCAUUUUAACGAGGUACCUUGUGAUGAACGAGAAUAUAUUCAUUUCCAUCACCCAAUCUAUGGAAACUGCUUUACAAUUAAUAACCACGGAAAGGAAAACUCUUGGUAUUCACCCAGGCCCGGAAAGCAGUAUGGACUGUCUAUGGUUGUGAAGGCUGAUCUUCAUGACAACAUGCCUCUCCUGUCACAAGCUGCAGGAGCAAGAAUAAUGAUCCACAACCCCAACCAGCCACCUCUAGUGGAACACGAGGGCUUUGACAUACAGCCAGGAACAGAGACUUCAAUAAGCGUAAAACAGGAAGAAGUAAUAAGAUUAGGUGGAAAAUACAGUCAAUGCACAUCUGAUGGCAGUGAUCUCAGCAUCAAAAUACUUUACAACACAUCUUACACAAUGCAGGCAUGCCUGAAUUCUUGCUUCCAGUACAAAAUGAUUGAAAUGUGUGGAUGUGGAUAUUAUUUUUAUCCUCUGCCUCCCGGCAUGGAAUACUGCAACUAUAACAAGUAUCCUGGCUGGGGGCAUUGUUUCUACCAAUUAUACGAAAAGAUGCUAGACCACACACUCAUCUGCUUUACCCAAUGUCCAAAGCAAUGCAAGCAGACCCAAUAUCACCUUGCUGCGGGGACUGCCAAGUGGCCAUCUCCUGUAUCCAAGGCAAUACAAUUGCUAUCCUUGCAAGAAAGAUACAACAGUACCAGCGAAAGGAGCGAUGUUUCAAAGAUUAAUGUGUAUUAUGAAGAGCUGAGUUACCGGUCCGUUGAGGAAACACCUACCAUGUCGGUGAACGUGUUGCUCUCCAGUAUGGGAGGACUAUGGAGCUGGUGGUUUGGUUCUUCAGUUCUUUCAGUGGCUGAGAUUGCAGAACUUGUGCUUGAUACUGCGGCCAUGGUAACCAUUGUUAUAUACCAAUGGAAAAAGCAGAGGGAAAAUAGAAAUGAUGGCAUGAAUGGAAGCAAUGCAGCCAGUAACGUGUGCUCUGUACCUUACAUCGACAGCAAGACUUUCUCCACUCCCCAGACUGGGCUGUCUGAAAAAGAAUUAGAAAGCAAAACAAAUGACCCCAAAUUUAAUGGGGAAAUAAAUACCUUUUCCUAAGCAUUACAUGUUUCAAUAAUAGUGCAGAUCAAAAAAUCUGAAACAAAAUAAUUUAUGGAAUGUUGACCUUAAAGGGGUUGUUCACCUUUGAGUUAACUUUAGUAUAAUGUAGAAAAAUAUAUUCUGAGACCACUUGCACUUGGUUUUCUUUUUUGUGUUUUUUGAGUUAUUUAGCAUUUUAUUCAGCAGCUCUGCAGUUUCAUCAGUCUGGUUGCUAGGGUCUGAAUGACCCUAGCAACCAUGCACUGAUUUGAAUAAGACCCUGGAAUAUGAAUAAGAGAGGGCCUGCAUAGAAAGAUGAGUAAUAAAAAGUAGCAAUAAUAGUAAAUGUGUAGCCUUAUAGAGUAUUUCUUUUUAGAUGGGGUCAGUGACCCCCAUUUGAAAGCUGGAAAGAGUCAGAAGAACAAGACAAAUCAUUAAAAAAAA